AGGAGAUCAACAAGGAAUUCCUGUGCGACCCAAAGUUCAGUGAUGAAGAGGAUCUGGAGGAGAAGCUUGCCGUGUUUAAAGAGAAGUACAUGGAGUUUGACCUGAAUAACCAAGGCGAGAUUGACCUGAUGUCGGUCAAAAGGAUGAUGGAGAAGCUGGGGGCGCCAAAGACGCACUUGGAGCUGAAGAAGAUGAUCUCAGAAGUGACGGGCGGGGUGAGCGAAACCAUCUCCUACCAGGACUUCGUCAACGUGAUGCUGGGCAAGCGGUCCGCCGUCCUCAAACUAGUCAUGAUGUUUGAAGGAAAAGCCAAUGAAAACAAUCCAAAGCCUUCUGGCCCACCUCCAGAGAGGGAUAUUGCCAGCCUUCCCUGACAGCGAUCAGCUGGAAAAGCAGAACGUGUCAGCACCACGCUGCUUGGUUGGGCUGUCACGAAGGUUACCUGUCUGUUACUCUUACUUUGGACAGUCUUAGGUGUAAACUAAUCUGCCUUAGAGGAACAACAAGGGAAGCCCAGGGACCCCCUCCAGUCUGCACAUAGCCACCUCUCCGCUGCAUCCUCAGCCAGUCUCUUCUGCUAGAGAAGCUGUAGUAAAGGCAUAACGUGAAACCAAAAAAACCCCCAACCUCACUUAUCAGUUGAGAAAUUGCUGAUCGCUUCCCAGGGUAAUUGGCCUGGAUUUCUCAGCUGGAAGGAGGGGCUACCCUCUUUCUAUCAGGUGGGUCCUUCACUGGGGUGAAUUGAAUGCUGAAUCUCUGCCCGCUCCUCACAUGGCUUUGCUGCCAGAGAUUGCUAGGGCACCCCAGCAGCAGCUGCCGCAUGGACACCGGGAGCUAAGUGCCUUCUGAAGUUCACCCUGCAGCUCCCAUCUUCAGAUGGGUUCCUGUCCCCUUCCCCUAAACCAGCAGUUUGCCAGCCAAAAUGCCUCUCACACCUCCCACAUCCUGUACCAAGUCUCCAAGAGGAAAACUGGGAAGAGGGAGGUCUGCAUGAGAUGUGCAGGGGGACAACUUCUGGAGGCUAGCUGCUGGGAGAAGGGCUGGUAGGUGAGGAUUAUCACAGCUUGGAGGGCUGGGAAGGAAGCGGUGCAACUCCCCUGCAUAUUGAGCGAUAGCUCUUUAGUGUCUGCUCCUGGGACUGGUCCCAGAUGGUCCCAGCCAAGGGCACACUGAAUCAGCAGUGCUCCUCUCUGUCCCUAUUCAGUCAUGCUUGCUCUUCCCUAACCAACACAGACCCCAAUUUUGACAUCCAGCCUCCCUGCCUCUCUUGGCAUCCGCUCUUAGGGAGUCUCCUGUUGAUAAAUGAUCCCAAACCUUGGUGCUGACUGCCGUGGUCAGGCUAUGAAGGCUACGGCAGGGCUUGAUGAGAAAUGAGGGGGUCUGACUGGAUACUUUUGUCUUUCUGUCUGUAUAGAAGUAGCUAUGGUAAGACUAGGGAGGAGAAACCGGAGAACCCUGCAAGCUUCUAAGGCACAGGCCUCUUGUGGGUGUUAUAGCAAUUGAUUGCAAAUUAGGAAAUGCAUGGUGGCGGGUAUUGGGGAGCUUGUAAUCUUAAUGUGUUGUGAAGGAUUGCUUAUUGGAAGUGAAGCACUGGCUUUAAUCAAUGCCACCCAUCAAGCUAGCUGUCCCCGUGAAACAGAGAAACUCUCCAAACCACGUGUUCCAGGAUGCAUUGGCUCUGGGAUUGAGCUGGGUUAGAUCCUUGGAUGUUUAGGAGCCUAGAGAGGCCUUUCCUGCUGGCUGAAUCAAGGUGCAAACCCAUAAGUUUCUAGAUCUGCUAAAACGUCUGGCUGAAAUUGGAGCAUAAUAGAAGCUUAAAACCUGCAGGACAGGGGAAAUCCUCCCCACAUUAAGGCAAGCUAAAGUCUCAGUGACUUCCACCUAUAUUAAGCCUGCUGAAUGUGUAGGAUUAAGCUUGGAGUGUGCUCUGCAAGCUGCUGGCAGGAAUACACCACUGCUGUUUCUUCAUACAGAAACUACAAAAGGAGCUACUUGACAUGUCAAGGCAUUUCUGGGUGGCUAUAAGCUGAAGCUCAUGCCAGAAGUGAGACAAUGGACAAGAGUUGCCCCCAGAUAGCAGUUUUGCUGGCUGCUGACUGAAGGAUGCAGACACGAAUGUUAAAUCUGUGAAGAAGCCGCAGAGCCAAACAAGUUUCUUGGUGGGCCCCUCUUUGCCCGGGGUGGAUGUACUCGUGUGAGCCUGAUGUCUCUGGAGACGAUUCUACUAAGUCAACUGUUGGUUGUAAAAGGAGUUGCUGCUUCUGUCUACUGAGUUUUUAAAGGCAGAUUUCCUAAUAUAUUGGGUUUUCUAGGAGGCUCCUUGUAACGUGAAUAAGCAGCUGGCCUCUGAAGUUUGGUCGUUUCCCUCGCUGCCAGUGGCCAGUUAGUUCAGUUCCAUAACAUCAAAUCUAAAUUGGCUGUUCUCUCUCACCUGAAAUCUCAAGGCAUGGUGGGAAAACCAGCCCAGCUAGUCUUGCUUUGGACGUUCACAGAAAAUGCUGGGGAUGUCCUACAGCUGCACGAGAAAGUGAGAUCAGAGGAGUCCAGUCUGAGCCCCUCAAAUCCAUCCAGCCUUGCUGUGGGGGAGUUUACUUUCUUUAUACAGGUGGCCUCUGAACUUCUGGGAUCCUACAAACAAAUGCUUUUGUUUAAAUGUAUUACAAUGGGACCGUUCUCAUGAGUGAAAUUCAGCACAUUGAAAAGGUUGUCUUUGCAGAGCUGGGACCUUUCGAGGGCAGGGAAGGACUCAUCUGAUGCCAGUGUAGCUGGGACCAUGCUCUGAUCAUUCGGGACACUGAUGCGAUCAUUGCUUUCUACGUAAACUCUUGGAAUCUGGUUGUUUGCUGCUGGGGUUUCACUGCUUACUCUGUUUCUUCUUUUAUGUUCUUGGCAGCUUUUAACUUUUGUGGUUUUUAAAUCCUUGUAUAAAUAAAAAGUCCAAAUAAUUGUAACUUGACUAGACAU